CUCGGCGUGUGUUUAUUGUGUAUUCAUCGCAGUAAUGUGCUGCUCUAGUGUCUGGAUUGUCUGUGGAGAGGAUAAACCAGGAUGGUAACGUGUUGUGUCUAACAAGCUUCACCUUGACAAAAAACAACUGCCACCCUCCCCUGAAUUUUUCUUGUGAGCACUUGAAACUUAGCAGUCAUGUCUAAUCUUAACAAUGCACUUUGCAUUGAAAGCGGCCAGAGCACCGACGUGUCACUCUUGCAAAAGGAUAAUCUUCAGGACGGUGGAUUAAGCCAGCUGUUGGAUUACAAUGCCGAAAUGGAAAGGUACAGGUCGUUUGCAAACUUUUACAAAACCAAUGGGGCAUUUCCACAGACCGCUAAGAUUGCCCGCAUAACGACACCAAUUUUUCCCAGCGCCAGAAUCGGUGUGUCCCCUUGGAACUGUGAUAACGGCAUGCUCUGGGGAAGGAAAUCAGCAGCAAUAAACCCUAAUAGGACCAGCAUGCAUAGAAACGACUCCCAAAGGCCGGGGAAACCUGGCAUGCCGCCAGAGACGCUGCAAAUGGCAAAUAAUAAUUUCCUCUCUAGCUUAUCCCCUGAACACUGCAGACCUUUAGCAGGAGAAUGCAUGAACAAGCUGAAAUGUGGUGCUGCUGAAGCAGAGAUAAUGAAUCUCCCGGAACGUGUUGGAACUUUUUCCGCUAUUCCGGCUUUAGGGGGCAUCUCAUUACCUCCCGGGGUCAUCGUCAUGACAGCCCUUCACUCCCCCGCAGCCUCAGCAGCCGUUACAGACAGUGCGUUUCAAAUUGCCAAUCUGGCAGACUGCCCACAGAAUAAUUCCUCCGCAUCCAGCGGAAACCCAGCGAAAAAGAAAAGGAAAAGGUGUGGGGUCUGCGCGCCCUGCAGGAGGCUAAUCAACUGUGGAGUGUGCAGCAGUUGUCGGAACCGUAAGACGGGCCACCAGAUCUGCAAGUUUCGGAAAUGCGAAGAGCUAAAAAAGAAGCCUGGCUCAUCACUAGAGGUGAGACGACGGCUCAGACACCACACUCCCCCUCCCUCUCUCCCUCCGUGCACUCAAAAGCAUUAA